GGCAUUUGAAAAUCAGUGGCCGUUAGGGUGUUUUGACGUGAAGGUGUAGAGUAUCGCUCGAAUACUGAAUCGUCUGAGAAAUUCCAUAUACAUAAGUUCGCGAUAAUACGAUAUAGUAUUAUUUAUGUUUAAUACAGUAUGAACAAUAGUGCGUUUUAAUUCGAUGCUAUACAUCGUAUCCUAAUUAAUUUCGACCCUGUCCGUUGUUGUGAUCAUGCUUUACAAGAUUUUCAAGCAAAGUGUUAAGUGAGGAAAUAUCGUGUUUUAGAUUUACACGCAAUAUUGAUUACUAUUUCCAGUUAAAUUGCAAAAAAUGAAUAGUAUUGUCAUCAUAUAAUCUCACUGUAUUACUGAAGGGUUUAUAUCUAGGCCAUUCACGUACAAAACACAAAGCGUGGUUGGUACAAUAAUAUAACCGCACUCAAUAAUUGUGUACAGCGGUCUAUAUAGAUGAAUAGCAAGAGAAGGUACCAUUGCGGCGUGCGGAUUGCAUUAUGACCGGCGCCGCGUCGACGGCGGUCGUAAGCGGCGACGACGACGACGUGACGAACAGGAGCAGGAGGAGGAGGCGUCCGUCGACACCAUGCUGUCGUCACCGGCGCCGUCGUCGGCGGCGGCGAUGGCCGGCGGCGGACUGAUCGCCGUGCUGCUCGUGCUGUCGGCGUGCGCGGUGUGCGGCGCGCGGGCCGACUGUCCGGCGGCGUGCGAGUGCAAGUGGCGCAGCGGCAAGGAGUCGGCCAUCUGCGCGGCUGCCAACAUGACGGCCGUGCCGCGGCACCUGGACUACGGCACGCAGCUGCUCGACCUCACCGACAACCCGCUGUACAGGCUGGGCAAGGACGCGUUCGCGGACGCCGACCUGCUCAACCUGCAGAAGCUGUACCUGUCCCAGUGCCGGAUCAAGUCGCUGGACCGGUACGCGUUCCGCAAGCUCAACAACCUGGUCGAGCUGGACCUGAGCCACAACAGCAUACCGGUGGUGCUGUCGGCCGUGUUCGAGUCGGUGCCCGAGCUCCGGGAGCUCAAGCUCAACGGCAACCCGAUCAUGAGGGUGCCGAACGGCGCGUUCGCCCGGGUCCCGCGGCUGGUCCGGCUCGACGUGUCCGGGUGCCGGGUGGCGCUGCUCGAGUCCACCGCGUUCGCCGGGCUGGAGAACUCGCUGGAAUGGCUCCGGCUGGACAACAAUCAGCUGCGCGAGGUGAAACCGUCCACGGUCGUGUCGCUCACCCGUCUGCACGGCGUCCAGCUGCACGACAACCCGUGGAACUGCUCGUGCAAGCUGCGGCCGCUGCGCGAGUGGAUGGCCCGGCGGAACGUGCCGUACGGCGCGCCGCCCGUCUGCAAGACGCCCGUCCGGCUGGCCCAGACGCCUUGGGACAAGCUCGACCUGGACGAUUUCGCAUGCGAACCGCACUCCGCACCGGUGUCGGCCGUCGUGGUGGUCACCGAGGGCGACAACGCAACCGUGUCGUGUCGCAUGUACGGCGUGCCCAUACCGUCGUCCCGGUGGACGCGCAACGACCGGCCGCUGGCGCCGACGGGCCGCAGCGUGCCGGUCACCGAGGGCCGGUACACGAACCUCACCAUCGUGUCGGCCGUCGCCCAGGACGGCGGCAGUUACGCGUGCGAGCUGGAGAACCGGUCCGGUAGCUCCAGGUCCAACGUCACCGUGGUCGUGGUCAAACGGUCGCCGGACCUGGUGCUGGGCGCCGACCGGUACGCCCUGCCCGGGCUCAUCGUCGGCGUCAUACUGGUCCUGUCCUUCUGUCUCAUAUUCCUGUGCGGGCUGGCCAUCCGGUCCAAAGGCAGCCCGGCCGGUUCCCGCGGCAUUCCCGUUUCCGGUCCGCUCGACUCCGCGGCCGCCGCGGACGCGGACGUCGACCCGUUCGACCGGUACGAAAAGAUCGAAAUGGACCGAGAGGAAAACGACAAUAAGACGGUACAGCAUCACCAGUACCGACUUCCGGCGUCGUCUUCGUCGUCGGACAAGAACGGUCGACCGGACCCGCCGGGUUACGCGAAGUCCGCGGUCACUUCCGGCACGUUGGUUCGCGGGCGACACGACGAACACGAAGACUACGACGGGCUGCCGCCCAUCGGCGAGCCGCCUUCUUCGACGGCCCCGUCAAUAACGGAUCGGCCGACAGCUCGUCCUAGUCAUCCGACGACGAACGUCCCGCACAGGCCACGUAUUUUGCCAGAUGACCCAACGGAUGGGAAACAAAAAACCUAUUUAGAGUGUAACUUGGGUGAAGUAACAUUACAUCAUCAUGUGUUACAUAAAGAAUCUCUUCCGGCCGGUCACCUUUACACUACUGCGGCAGGGCGACAAGAAUUGUUUAAAACGAAAAAUGUGCCUGACCUAUUGGACACAUUACUUCCAACCAAAGGCCGUCGAAUUUCGCAAACACUUCCUAGGUCCGGGAUUAGCUCAAAUAACAGAAGAAAUACCAUGUACACACAGAGACCAUCGGAAAGUCAAUCACCUUUACUACAAGGAAGUCGCGGCAGUGGUGGCAGCAAUACCAGUCAAAGCCAACUAUCCUUUGAUUCGUCCAUAUCGUCUGAUCAUCCAAGGCAACUGACGGCCGGUCAGAAGUCCAGCAGUUACUUGAACCUGUCCACGACUGGCUGCGGCGGCGGUUCUUCGGGCGGAUACCAUUACCAACACCACCCGUCUUACUAUUGGACCCCGCCCAGCUUGCCAUCAUCGCCGGCCCGAGAGCGGCGGCUGCCAGCCACACCGAUAGGUCGCAAUGCUGGACUACCCACCGUGGCGGCCGAGACUCCCAUACUCGAUCCACUGUCGUCCAGACGGCGAACUUACAGUGGAGGGGGCGGCAGCAGUCACCAUCACCACAACCACAACGGCGGAGGCGGCGGCGGUGGUAACCAGAUGCACAACCACAACCAGUUGGCCGGUAGCAACCAUUCACUACUGUCCUUGUCCGACGGAGCGUCCGUCACGUACGACUAUCACACGGCACAACUGGACAUGUUCCUGGACGAGUACAAGACGCUCAGGAAGGAGCUGACCAAGAUGCAGCGGACGUGCGACACACUCAGGCUGUCCAACGCCUCACUGGCGUCUUCGGUAGCCGUUCCGGAUAUGGUCGACCACCACCGGUCUAAACCGGAACCUACUGCCACUCCCGCGACGUCGUCUUCGUUGAGGACCACGCCAAAGUCGAUACUUAAAAACAAAAACCAAGCCACUUACGUCUACCGGCCAGGCGGCGAGCGGCGCAACAGUUAUCACAAGCUGGAUCCGGCACCCGACGACAUUUACCUGAGUUAACCUCGUAGUUAUGCUCGCCGGUAAAACUCAAAGCCCGACGCCUCGUCAUAACAUAGUCAUUAUUUUCUUAUUAUAUUCAUUAUUCGUGUGUAAUACGCCAUAUUAUGCUAGCAUUAAAGCGACAUAAUCGUA